AUGAAGAUUUACAAGCUCUUCGAACGUGAGUUUGAACCCGUAGAUUCAGGGUUGGCUUUGAGUAACAAUUAUUUAACUCCUGAGAUAUUGCAAAUACAGUUACCUGUUUUAAAUAUUUUGAUCCAACUGCUUAGUAUGGAAGCUGUGGGGAACAUUCAUUUCCCAGUUACAGAAACCAGUGCACAUGAUGUCAAUGCUACAAAAUCAUUCCAAAGUUAUAGGAACUGA